GCACGCGCACACGGUUGUGUUUCCUUCGGGUGGGGGGGCUUGUUAUAUAGCCCGGCGGUCAGCUGACUCUCCCGCAUUGCAGGCGGCGCUGCUUGAGAGAAACAGAGUUAUGGCGCGGCUCGCCGGUUUCCUCCUCCUCCUCGGCUGCUUUGCUGCAGCUUUGGCAAAUCCCAUCGUAUUUCAGAAAGAUUGCGCGCGAGGAGCUGAAGUAUGGUGUGAGAACUUAAAAACAGCAUCGCAUUGUAAUGCCGUUAAGCACUGUCAGCAAAAUGUCUGGAGCAAACCUACAGUGGAAACCAUCCCUUGUGAACUGUGCAAAGAAAUUGUGGUUGUGGCUGGGAAAUUCUUGAAAAAUAAUGACACAGAGGAUGAAAUCCAUGGUUACAUGAGCAAGGUCUGUGAGUUUCUUCCUGACGAAGGCCUCGUAUCUGAAUGCAAGGAGAUGGUGGAUGCUUACCUGCCGAACAUUCUGGACAUGAUUAAGGGGGAGCUUGAUAAGCCAGAAGUCGUGUGCAGUUCGCUCACCUUGUGCCAGUCUCUUCAGAAGCACCUGGCGUCAGUGAAAUUGCAGAAGCAGCUUCAGUCAAACAAGAUUCCUGAACUCGACUUCUCUGAACUGGCGUCUCCCUUCAUGGCUAAUGUGCCACUUCUUCUUUAUCCCCAGGACAAGCCCAAGGAAGAGUCUCGGGAAAAAGGAAAUGUAUGUCAAGACUGCAUUCAGUUGAUGACUGACAUUCAGGGUGCUGUGAAGAGCAAUUCAACAUUUGUUCACCAGCUGAUUCAGAACGCGCUAGAACAGUGUGAACACUUGGGGCCUGCCAUGGCUGAUCAGUGCAAAGAUUACAUCUCCCAGUAUUCAGACCUGGCUAUUCAGUUGUUUGCGCAGAUGCAGGAACAGUCACCACAGAUGUUAUGUAGCAUGGCUGGAUUGUGUUCUGCUGUGAAGUCUGUGCCCCUCCAGACUCUGGUGCCAGCUAAAGCCAUCCAUGAAGUAAAGGCAGAACUUCUUAAGAACAGCGUGAGUCAAGCAGAAUCUCUCACUCUCUGCGAUGCUUGUGAGAUUAUGGUGGAAGAGGUGACCAGCCUUCUAGAAAGCAAUAGGUCUGAGGAGGAGAUGGUGCAUGCCAUGGAUGCAGUCUGUGCUAUGCUGCCUGAAAAAGGAAAAGAAGAGUGCCAGAGCUUUGUGGAGGUCUACGGCAAGGCUGUAAUUGAUAUGCUGUUGGAGGCAACUAAUCCCAAACUGGUAUGCGUUAUGCUGAAAUGCUGUACAGACAAAGCUGUUCCUGCUGAGAUAAUUGUUCCAGUGCAAUCACAGAAUGGUGACGUUUGUGACGUGUGUAAAGUGGUUAUAGCCUAUGUGGAUAAACAACUGCAAAAGAAUGCCACGACUGCUGAAAUUGAGGCAGCUCUGGAAAGAGUCUGCAACCUGCUGCCAGCAUCUUACCGUGAUCAGUGUGAUCAGUUUGUGGAGCAGUAUGAACCAAUGGCAGUGCAACUUUUGGCAGAAAUGAUGGAUCCUGGUUUUGUGUGUUCUAAACUUGGUGCUUGUGGAGUAUCCACACACCCGCUGUUGGGAUCAGAAAAGUGUGUCUGGGGACCCGGCUAUUGGUGUAAGAACUUGGAGACAGCAGCCAAGUGCAAUGCUGUCGAGCACUGCAAACGUCAUGUGUGGAACUAGAAAAAAGCAAACCUAUCGCUUGGGUAAUUUUUUUUCUUGAAGAAAACAACACAGGGAGGGUCAGACUGGCAGAAUUAAAUCCUGGUGUCCUUAUUUCCUCCCCCCUCCAAAUCUGAAGUACCUUUUUGUGAUUUUCUUUGGUGUAGCAGUGCUACUAUUGUGGAAUGGUCCACAAUGUUGACCUGAAGCUAUUUCUGACUCCAGUUUUUAGUUCCUUCGUGGUACAUGAAAUGCAGUAAUUUAGCAAAGUUGUUCAAUUAGCAGUGUGCCUUUAAAAGUAGAAGUGAACUAAAGGCACCACAGCCUUGUGUCUGACCUUAAAAAUAAGUGACUUUUAAGGGCACUCUGUCUGAUGGAUGGGUAGCUAGAGUGAGAGUGCCAGUCAUUACAAGUGGGCAUCAUUUCAGCUCUCAUUUUACCCAGUUACCGGGUCCAGAAACACCUCUUAAAUUCAAUCCUCCUCGCUGGGAUGAACCUGCAUCAGCCCUGGAAGUUGCCCAUGGAAGACAGGUGUUCCGUAAAAGUUACAUGACUAUGACUAUAGUAUAGCUAAGGCUGAGUCUCCAACUUAACUGUGAUUUUGUUGGUGUGUGACUUGAGCUGAAGCAUAUUGGACUGGGUAGCUGAGAUCCAAGGUAGCGAACCCAAGUAUCCAAGGAAAGCUGAUGCAGCAGACAGUACUCAUUCCUUUGAGAGCCACACAGCAGCAGGCCUUACACUUCGUUUAGAGUUCAGAACUGGGUCCCUCAUUCAUUCCAAAACAUUAAACAGCUUGAAAACAAAGGUGGAUGUAUUUAAACUAAAAACUCAAACUAUGUGCCAGGUGUGUUGUAACUGACUACUGCGGAGCAUUUGUCUAGGUCACUCACUAACAUGUAUAUUGACCAAGAAGUUAGGAAAGUUUUCAAUCAUGAGGUGUGUGGUUGCUAAGUUACCCUUUUUCUCAUCUGAGAUUCCAGAAUAGCUACAAGAUUCUCCCUCUGAAACUUCAUAUUGGUAUCCAUCCUUUUCUAGCUGUACGUGUUUGUACUCUACGCUCUCUUGCACUAGUAGCCAUUUUUGGCGUUGUGCUGGAAAUACCUUGAAAUGUUAAGUGCCAUGCUAGCAGCACACAAUUUGACCCUGCUUGACCUUUUUUUGGGGGGGCAUGUUUGCGCUGGCCUGUGUGGUACUACUGAAGUCAGUGCAAGGAGCAAAUGCCAUUUCAGUCCCCAGCAUUAGCUUGUGUUGCACUCCAUGCAAGUCCACACUGCUAAAGGUUCUAUAGCAUCAUUGUGGCUAAGGGCAUUUUCUAAGAAACCACACACUGUCCCUGAACCUCUUAAGUUCUUAGCUGUUCAAAGCAGUUCAUUUUAGUUAUGCAGAUUUGGAACACCUUGAAAGAAACCGUACAAAGGAAGUUGAAUAUUCUAGCACAUGAGAACUCAGAGAACUUUGGCUUGUGGAAUCAUGAGGGCACUCAUUCUGUUGGCAAUAAACUAAUAAUUGCUUCAAAGUUAAUUCUAGCAGGGUGAUUGCCACAUGGCUUUUUAUUUUUAAUUCUUCUUACAAGCAUUUGGUGAGGGCAUUGACUUGGUUUGUUUUUGUUAAAAUUACUGCUGUUUGGUUCAAAGUUCUUGCUACUCAAAGCAAGCAGUUGCUGUGUUUCCCUGUCACGUUAUUACAGAUGUCCUCCUUGACAGCGAUGGCAUCCUGUGUUGCUUAGGAGGAAAUAUUUUCUUCUUCGCAACGAUGGCCUUUUUGCUCCAGAGGCUGUUGAACAUUUAACUCUGGACUGUGUACCGCGGUCUGACUAUAUGCCACUUUUUCUUGGCUAGAAUUUCUAUUCGUGCGUGUGCACUUUCUUUGUGGGAAAUACUUGGCAUAAUGGGACGAGGAUUGUCAGAUCUGGGGGUGGGGUCUGUCUUCAUUUCUGCUUAUGUACUACCAUUUUUUUCGUAUUCUAGAUGUGGAUCGGGUAAAACAAGCAGUUGCUUUAACAAACCACUGUUUUUUGCACUAAAGCUUCUGUAAUUUAACAAUAAAUAUGUAACUAAAUCUG